GAUUGGCUAUCCCAUAGCUCCGCCCGCUGGCGUGUCGCUGCGCCUAGAGACCUGCGGGGUGACGUCACGAUAUCGCGGGAUGAGAGCCGGGGCCCGGAAGUGCUGAGGCUUUUGUAUAAAUGUUGUUGAAAAGGCUGGAUACAUUCAUCACUGAUCACCGCAAACAAAUGAGGAACAAAAUGUGCGACAGUUUGAUGCUUGGCUUUUUAUAAGCUUUCUAUAGCGUAUCAUCCUAUAGAGAUGGAUCAGAAACUCUCUGAAUUGGUGGAAGUUCUUACAACCUCUGGAGAACCACAGCUUAAUCCAGAAAAACUCAAAGAACUGAAAAAAAUCUGCAGGUCUUCAGAUGAACAUAUUAACCACGUGUACCACCUACUCAUGACCCAGCUGAAUCAGGAGCAUGCAGAGAUCCGCCUGUCUGCCUUCCAGAUUGUCACUGAGCUCUUUGCUCGCUCGCAUCUAUUCCGAACGUUGCUGAUUUCCAACUUCCAGGAGUUCUUGGAGCUCACUGUUGAGACUGACCAUGAACAGCCGCUUCCUCCUCCAAAAGAGGUGGCUCAGAAAAUGAAGAUUUUGGCAAUAAAAACUGUGCAGGAAUGGCACGAGAAAUUUGGGGAGGCUUACAAGAAACUUUCCUUGGGGUACCAUUUCCUAAAGCAGAACAAAAAGAUUGACUUUCAGGAUGUGAGAUCUCGAACCCAGGCAGAGAGAAAGAGGGAAGAGGAAAAGCAGAGACGUCUAGAAAAUAUUUAUAAAGAGAAAGUCAAGAAGGCGACAGCAGAAAUGGAAGACAUGUUGGAAGAGAUCCAGUCCAGUCUGACAGAGAUGGAGAACUGCUUUAGGCUCUUGCUGCCAGAUCCCAGGGAGUUUGCAGUGUUCACAGACGAGAAGGACUUUGCCUCAGACAUGAGGACUAAACCUACCAGCCAAUCACCUUCUCAUUCUAAAUCCACCAGCCAAUCAUCUGCUUAUUCUAAAUCCACCAGCCAAGUUUCUUUUGAUAACGAUGACGAGCAGCCGUGUUGUAGCAAGAACUUACCCCCAUUCCCAUCAUCCUGCACCAGUUCAGCGAGUGGAGCUGAGAGAAGCUUGGGGGAAGGCGCAAAGGAAUCCGAUAAAAGUGCAAGGAAAUCCGAUACAGAUGACUCUGAUGGAGAUUACGAAGGCAGCAGGGAGGCUUUUCUCAGAGACCAUGGCCUUGGCUCCCAUGCAUACUCCCUUAGUCUUGAAAUAUCCACAGAUCUGAAGGUAAAUGAAAAUGAGAACAACACAGAUGUAUUAAAUAACCUAAUGGAUGCACAUAAACUCCUGAAACAAAAGUACUGGCCGGCUGUGCAGUCCUGGAUACAGCUUUUCACAAAGGCCGGAACCAAUAGCGAGAGCCUCAAAUGUGCAAUCGAUGUGAAAAAGGAAAUUGAAGCCGCGCUAAAAAAGUACAAGGAGAUGAACAUUGACUGUCACACCAAAGAGCGCAAAGUGAUGACAGCUAGCGAUGAUGAUGAUGAUGAUGAUGAAUUCGAAGAGGUCCCUGAGAAGGAAGGUUACGAGCCUCACAUUCCAGACCACCUUCGGGAAGAGUACGGACUAGAGCCCUCCGCUUCUAAACAGCCUGGCAAGAAAACAGAGGUGAAGAGGCCCAAUGUUCCCCAAGUUCCUCCAAGUCAGAAGAGGAUUAACGAUGAGUUGAACCCCACUUGUGCUGCUGCCACAAUGAAAACCAUGAAGGACAAGAUGGCAAAAGCCUUGCCUGGAAGCUCCAGAAAUGCAGGAGAACCCAAGAGUAAGUGCCCAAAGCGAGAGACGGACCUAUCCCAAGCACCUGUUGCACCGUGUGGCCUAGAUCUGCAUCACUGGGGAGAGGAACAGCCCUCAGCUGGCAAAAUGCUUAAGUUCAGCUCUCUGCACCGGUUCUGGGCACCGAAUGAAGUGGACGAAGAGGUUGAAAGCAAGGAAUUAGAAGCCUUGGUGAAAACUCGUUACGUGACACUCCCUGGGAAAUUUGAACCUGUGAAACACAAGUGCCUUGCCCCAAUGCCUAAUGGGAGCCUGUGUGAGCGGCAGGACAGGUACAAGUGCCCGUUCCACGGAAAGAUCGUUCCUCGGGAUGCCAUUGGAGUCCCUAUAAACGCAGAGGAUCGAGCCAGAGAAGCCAGGGAGAAGUUUGAGAAACAAGGCGAGGAACAAGACUGGAGGGACCCAGAGCUGAUGAGAGAGAUCGAGCAGGCUACAGGGGUGGAUCUCGGCUCAUCCAAGUGCCCCGUCAAAGGGAAAGGGAAAGGUGUUAAGAGAAAUUUAAAGAAAAAGUACCCAAACCUGACAGAUCUGAAGCAGAAAGCCAACACCUCCCGCUCGCGGCUUGAGAAGAAAGUGUUCAACACAGGAUCCGUGAAACGCGUGAUAAGUGCAAUGAACCAAGCGGAUAAGAGGCGACACGAGAAGUUUGCAAACCAGUUUAAUUACGCAUUAAAUUAAAAAGCAAGGGGAACAUAAAGCAUUCCGCCGGCCUCUCCAUGGAACACUUCUUCCAAGGACCUUUGAAGAAAAAUUGUUGUACUAUAAGUGCGUUUUUUCCUAAUGAUAAUUUCUUAACUUAUUUGUGUGUGUGUGUGCGUGUGUGUGUGUGUCCAUAGUGUUUUAUGUGCCCAGAGUCAGGGGCCCUGCAUCAGGGAGAUCCAGCUAAGGGGCCACAGCUCGGCCAACUCUGACAGGGAGAUCAUUAAAUGAAUGGAUCUUUGCCUAACCAGGCAUAUCCCACAAACCCCUGGGUCAACCAUCCAAUCAGAUUGGGGCCUGAGCAGAUCUUUUUAACAAGGACCACAUACGUGGCUCACAUGGUUUCUCCAGCGUUCCUGAUCCGUAUCUGCCCGUGCCCCGACAGGUACUCAGGUUUCCUCCCUAAUGAAAUUGAGCGACUGGGAAAUUAGAUUGUAAGCUCUUGUAAGCCAGCAAUAUGUCGGUACUGUGUACAUAAAGGAUAAACAUAAUUCCAUAUCUUUGUAUAUCUUUUAAUAGCAAAUGGUGGGACAACUUACCCUUUCAGCCAAUACAAUAACACGGAUAUUCAGUGUUAAUUCAACUCCCAGUGUUCUGUGGGUUUAUUCAUGUACUGCUGGUUGAUAUAUGUCGAUUGAUAGGGAUGUAUGGUGUAUAUGUAUGUAUAUAUGUGUGUGUGUGUGUGUAUAUAUAUAUGUGUGUGUGUGUGUGUUGAUAUAUAGAGUGAUGUUACUUGUGGCCUCUUUAUUUUGUCCCCCUUGUUCCUCUCAGGGAAAGUUUUGCUGCUUGUUGUUUCCAUUCACUCUCCUUUGUUAUUCUGUUUCAUUCUCUGCGCAGGGAAUCAUCAGCAGUGAGUGGGGAAAGCCGUUCCUUUCUUAGGGAAGCCCCCAGCUUCUGUCAUUUCUAAAGGUGGCCAAGAUACUGAGCCCCACUGGCCCGCACACUGGAUAGGUAGAUACCGUACGUAGCGCCAAAUACACGUAGGCCAACUUGUUACUGCUACGGUCAUUCAGCCUGCCUGUGGCUCCUCUUCACUUUCUUUUAGCCAAUUGAUGGGAAAUGUUCCAUCAGGGCAGAUCAAACAGAAUAACAUGUUUAUUAGUGCAAUGCGCCCCCUAAUGGCUGUACAUGCCCGGAUGGUUGGGCAGUAUCUGUAUCAUCAGUUAAUAGAGCUUCUCCAGCAGAAUCCUGCAUUGUAAUCUGUUUUUCCCAUGGGGCUAGCCAUAUUCUUCAUUUCCCAGGGUGCCACAGCCAUGUGACCUGUGCUCUGAUAAACUUCACUCACACUUUACUGCUGCGCUGCUUGUUGGUUUAAAUGGCAGAGUGAAUUAUUUGCUAUGUAAACUAGGGAUGCGCCGGAUUCAGUUUGGGAUUUGGGCCGAAUCCAGUCUUUUUUUUUUUUUUUUUUUUUUUUGAAGGAUUCGGUUUCGGACGAAUCCACGGUUCCGGGCGAACCAAAUGGUCCAGCCGUAUGGUGAGUUUGUGGCAGAACCGUGAGUUGCGGUAGCUAGAGAUGUACCUACACCAGAGGAAGCCCAGUGGCUAGUGGGGUAUCAGUAGUGGCUUCCUAUGGCCGUAGUUGAGCCUUAUUGGGAGCCAUAUAACACAUUGGGCUGUGGAGGGGUGAAUAAGCCCAAACUGCUCUAGAGGCUGCAGCUGUGCCGGAUCAUUUCUGCUUCACUCUCUCUGUUUCAUUAAAGGGACAUAUUUACUGCCAGAACCUGUCAUUUUUUAAUACUUUAGUAACUUUUUAAUGUUAAAUAAAUUUUGUCAAAUUUCUAAGGAAA